AUGCAGCAGUUCCACGACGCCUUGGCCAGCUUCGACGCGUCCCGUCUGUUGGCGGCCGACGACGUGGCGCGGCCGCCCGCCAUCGUCGGGCCCUCCAUCGUCGUCACGUUCCACGAGCUGCACGGCCUCGUCACCGCUGUCGCCGACGCGCUGGCAGAUGCGGCCCUUCCGGUCGUCGCCAUCGCGCUGCCGUUGGGCGUGCCGCAAAUCGCAGUCCUCUAUGGCGCCACCGUCACGCCGUCGACGCUUUUUCUUCCCAUCGACGAGAUGCAGUCGGUGGCGCGGAACCGCAGCCUCUUGCGCGAUGCAGCGACCACCGGGCUCGUGUGCUCGCCGACAUCGCGUCUGCUCGAAGCGCUUCAAACCGAGUUUGGCGACGCCAUCGCCGUGCGCCCGUUGACACUCGUCCUCGGCGACGCCAUCGUGCUUGCGACAUGGCGAUCCGCCGAGAUGGCGCCGCCUAUCUGGGCAUCGGACGCCGAUGCCAUGUACGUACUGUACACCUCGGGCAGCACCGGCCACCCGAAAGGCGUCAUCGGCUCGUACGCCGCCACGUGGCAUCGGCUCGCGUGGAUGUGGUCGACCGUCCCGUUCGCACGUGGCGAGCGCGUGCUGCGGCACACGGCGCUCACCUCCUCUGCAACGAACCUGCUCGGGCCCUGCCUGCGCUACGUGGUCGUCAGCGGCGAGCCGCUGCACGCAGAUCUGAUCGCAGCACUCUUUGCCGCACUGCCGUAUGUGCAGCUACUGCACCUCUACGGCAGCACCGAGGUCGCGGGCGAUGCGACGUUUUGGCUCACUACGACGACGGCGGCCCCCGUGCCCAUUGGCACCGCCAUCGGCGCGACCAAGCUACGGCUCGUGGACGCAGAGGGGGCUGAGAUCGCGAGCGACGAGACGCGUGGUGAACUCUACAUCGGUGGACCGCCCCUCGCGCGUGGCUACGUCAACCCGUCGGACAACGAGUCCCACCGCUUUUGCAUGCUCCACGGCGAGCGCUGGUUCAAGACGGGCGAUGUCGCCUACUGGUCCAAGGGCCUUUUGUUUUUCUGUGGUCGGACCCACGCCGGGUAUGUCAAAGUGAGUGGUGUGCAGGUGCACGUGGCCGCGAUCGAGACCACAGUGCGGACGUACCUCGGUCAACACUACCUCAAAUGGAAGGUGGCAUUAGCACCUAUCGCUUCGUCGGAGGGCUGGCAUCAGUACGACACCCUCGUCGUCUGCGUCGGCAUGGACGAAGACGACACCAUGGACAUCGAUGCGCUUCGCGACGCCGUCGAGAGAGAGCAUCCGCGUGUGGCCAUGCACGUGCUCACGGUGCCGAUCGCUCGCUUUCCAGAGACGUCGAGCGGCAAGGCAGAUCCGUCUCAGAUCCCUGCGCUGUUUGCGCAGCGGUCGUUGCCGUCGUGGCUGCGCGCGCUGCUGCCGCGUACGAGUGGCCUUGCCUCGACCCGGUUGGAUCCGUCCACGACCUUGACCGAGCUCGGCCUCAACUCGAUGGCGAUGGCCAUCGUCCUCCACACGCUUCAGUCGCAGCACGAGAUGACGCUGCGUCCGAUCGAGCUGGCAGACAUGACCGUCGCCGACCUGCAGGCGCUCGUGCAGCGCAAGCGGCCUCGUGCCAUAUCGCCCGAGGCGUCGAGGAAGCGAACGCGCGUGGCGCCGCGGAUGGAGGCCGUGCGGUGGCGAGUGCGCGCCCACAAGUGCAUUGACGCAUCCCCGCGCCUCGCAACGACCGACGUCGGCGAGUACAUCAUCGUCGGGUCCCAUGACCAUACCGUUCUCUGCGUUGCCGCCGUGGACGGACACGUCGUGUGGCGGAAAGAGCUGCCGGAUCGCGUCGAGUCGAGCGCUGCCGUGGCCAAGAAUCAGGUCGUUGUCGGCUGCUACGACGGCGGCGUCUACUGCCUCGACGUCCUCUCCGGCAGCACGCUGUGGGUCUUCUUCACACAGGACCAAGUCAAGUGCUCGCCAGUCAUUGUCGAAGAGGAGAAUGCCGUCGUUGUCGGGUCCCACGACCACCACGUGUAUGGGCUCGCGCUCACCUCGGGCGCGUGUCUGUUCAAAUUGCCGUUCACCAAGAGUGUUUUCUCCAGCCCCGUGUACGCUGCGACGGUGCUGUACUGCGCGUCCCUUGCCGGCGAAGUUCGCGCCUAUGCGUGGUCGUCGCUGCGCCACGACGCGCCGACGCCGCUGUGGCAACACACGUGUCCAGCCCCCGUCUUUUGCAGCUUGCGCCUCAGCGCGCGUCAGAGUGUGCUGCUCGUGGGAUGCGCCGACGCCUCUCUCUACGCGCUCUCGACGACGACGGGGACGCCGCGAUGGUCCGCGGCGACGACCAAGCCCAUCUUUAGCGCGCCCCGUAUCGCGACACUGAGCAGUGGCAACGAGGUGGCUCUCUUCGGCUCGCACGAUGGCGUCGUGCGUUGUGUGUCGACUGCCGACGGUGUCACACUGGCCUUGGUGGACCUCGGAUGCACCAUUUACGCGUCGCCCGCGAUCAUUUCCGAUCGCGCGACGACGCUGCGGACAUGUGUCUGCACAACGGACGGGCACGUCUACCUCUGGGAGCCCGAAGCGCCAUCAUCGCCUGCGACGCUACUCUUUCAAGGCGCUGGAGACAUCUUCUCGUCGCCCCUGGUGCUCAUGGACGAGAGCACGAUUGUGGUUGGGACGCGCGGCGACGUGCUGGUUGCGCUGCAUGUGCCCGAGAGUGACGCAUCGUCGUCGACCAUGACACAAUAG